GCACCAUUGUGUUUGGUCGAGGGUCAAACGCAGCGACGUGUAUUUAAUAAAAUUCUUCUGUCUAUACUUUGAAUAUAGUGGUUUUUUUGUAUCUUUUGUCCGUAUAUUCACCUUCCUUCAAUCGUACAUUCGAUUGUGAACCUUUGAUUGGCACACCGUUUGCAAUAUUUAUCAAUUUUCUCCGAGAAAGAAACUUGUGACUCCUAUUUCCUGAAUAAUCAGUUUUCUAGGUUAUUUGGAAACUAUGAGCGUGAAUGAGAUUGACAGCUCCGCGGGCAAUGGCAUCGAUCGGAGCACGGACAACCCUGAUGCAUUUGGAUAUGGAAAAAACAGUGUUAGUCCUUUUGGCGGAUCGUUGCAAACAGCGCCAACGGAGCGUUAUGCAACGCACUACAGAAUGAAUCAUGCAAAGCGUGGCCUUGCUGUGAUAUUUAAUCAUGAAUUUUUCACUGUCACCCAUUUGAAAGCACGAAGCGGCACAAAUGUAGAUUGCGAAAAUCUAGUCAAUACGCUCAAGGAUCUCGGAUUCGAAGUGAAUGAUUUUCAUAAUGCUACCCAUAAAGAUGUUGUCAAAAAUUUAGAGCGAAUUGCUGAAAUGGACCAUUCCAACCACGAUUGUUUAAUCGUAGCUGUUUUGAGCCAUGGAGAGCUCGGUCUAUUGUACGCCCAUGACACACCGUACAAAGCAGAUACUAUCUGGUCUCACUUCACAGCGGACAAGUGUCCGUCUUUGGCUGGCAAACCAAAAUUAUUUUUUAUUCAAGCGUGUCAAGGUGAUAAACUUGACGGUGGAACAACGAUGAAGGAUCGUACGGAAACGGAUGGUCCAGGAACGACGUCCUUUCGUAUUCCGACUCACGCAGAUUUUCUCAUCGCAUAUUCUACCAUUCCUGGCUUUUAUUCAUGGCGCAAUACAACACGCGGCUCAUGGUUCAUGCAAGCUCUGUGUCUUGAGCUGCGUGAAAAUGGCACUCGUUAUGACAUAUUGACUCUGCUGACUUUCGUAUCGCAACGAGUAGCGAUUGACUUUGAAUCGAACACUCCUGAUAAUGCAGCGAUGCACCAGCAAAAACAAAUUCCUUGUAUCACUUCGAUGCUUACGCGUUUGGUUAAAUUCACUCCACCUCCGAAAAACGGAGAUGGUCACGGUGCUGUCUAGAAUACUUUUUUCGUUUCCAUAUUGAGAGGUCGAUGCAAAGAACAAACAUGAACAAACAACGAAAGACUGGAGCGAGUAGUGGGCAAAAUAGAAUUUUAGUUGCACCAAAUAUCGACAUUUUUGUUUAGACAAUCUCAGUGAAAGUUAUCAAACAAUAAGAAUACCGUAUUUCUACAAGUAUCAAGUUUUUCAUUAAACUUGAACGGUUUCGAAUAUAGUAUAAGAUAAAGUACUAUGUGAAAACAUUUUUCUAAUCGAAUUUUUACAUUUCUGAAAAACAAAAUUUCACAUUGCAAUUAUUCCAUUUGAUUUUGCCGUUGUUGGUUUUGUCGAGAACACAACCGUGCCUAAGAAGAGGAUAACCGUGGUAAUACCUGCAUUUAUAUAUCGCAUUUAUGAGAUUAUUGCUCAGUGGAUCUACGAAGCGGAGUAAUUUUACUCCUGACAACGAAUCGUCGUUUUUCUCAUUUUGGCGACAGCCUAUUUCGAUACUUAUACAUACGACAAAUUAGACGUGUAAUUUUUUUUUUUUUUAUAGAUAAUUAUCCAAGCUUUUGAGGCGUCACUUUGAUUCGUGGCGACUUGACAAACUUGAGUAAUUAUAUUUCUAUCAUUCGUGCUCAAUCCCUAUACGUAUUUUUGAAUUUAUUUCUAUGAUCUCUAAUGCUUUUUAUUGGUGAUGAUCGAUUUUUUUUUUAUUUUGGCGCUAAUUACGUGAAGUUUGGAGGACUAUCAAUAGUAACAUUAAUCUUGUGUUCAAUGAUUUCUCGAUCGCACCAUCCAUAGUGUUUUUUCCCUCUCAAUACAUUAUUCCAACCGUGAACUCAAAAUGGUAUGAAAAGUUUUGUAUGCCUCAAAAAACAUGUCUCACUAAAAAACAUUGUGAUAAAAAUCAUGGUCGUCGUAAAUCGUAGUCGAUAGGACCACGUAUCGAUAAAUGUCUAAAUACUACUUUAUGAAAAUAUAUAUAUUGGUAAAUGUUCAGAGUGCAUUAACCGUUGAAAACUGAAUAACUAUUUGGGACCAGUUAUCCGUUGGUUCGAUAAGUCCCAGUGCCCAAGAAUGUCACAAAAUUUUGUAACUUCUAUAGUUUUAUAAUUUUUUUUUGUACCGCAGUAAUAAUUCGUAAACGCCAAAAUUUUUGGAUGCAAUUUGUAUGCUUUUUAUAUGAAUCAAUAAAAUAUGAUGUUCAAGAAAAA